ACAUUAUAACAUCUUAUGAUCUGAAGUCAAAAAAAUUUAUUUUUGUCUAAUAUAUAAUACGUGUAUAUAUAAUAUAAAUAUCUAUUUAUAAUUAUGUCUGAUGAAAAAGUAAUAAAAACAAUACAAAGUACCUUCUCAUUAUAUGGACUUGUACUUUCAAGAAAACUUAGUCUUGCACUAGCUAAAGAACUUUUAAAUGUAGAAGAAAGUGAACAGGAAAAUUGGCUUACACAAAUAAUAGAACAUGUUUUGGCUCAAAAUUUAACUGAUCCAAAUGUAACUAUUGAAACUCUAAAGCUAGCAAUACAAGAAUAUAUAAGACCAAAUACAUUAAAGGAUACAGAAACAGUUUUAAAUGUUAUAGAUAUAUUUGAUGUACCUAAAAUCACAUAUGAUUUGUCUAAAAAAAAAUUUAUUUUGGAAAAUAUUUCACCAGAUUUAUAUGCUGAAGCACAAUAUAAAUCUACAAUUUUUAAAGAUAGAUUUGAAUUACUUUGGUAUAGAACUUUAAGACAUGAAUUAUUUACACCACCAAAACUUGGUGAAAAAAAAGAAAAUUGGAUUGAAUUAACAUCAAUUGAAUAUCUAUUGAGUGAAAGUAAAAAAGGAAAUGUUUAUGUAAUGGGUCUUUUAACUGAAUUAACAGAGGGACAAUAUUAUUUAGAAGAUACAGAAGGUUUUAUAAAACUUGAUCUAAAAAAAGCAAAUUUUCAAGAUGGUUUAAUUAUGGAGGCUUCUAUUGUAAUAGUUAAUGGAAAUUUCCAAGAAGGUGUUUUACAUGUAGAAAAUAUAGGUUUGCCACCAGCAGAAUCAUCUAACAAUGCACGUGUAGAUUUUGGUAAUACUAAUACAUUUGGUGGUUCUCACAAUUUAUCUUUGAAGUUUUCAGAAAAAUUAAAAAUUUUUGAAGAAAGUAAUAAAGAUGGAAUGAUUGUUUUUGUAUCUGAAAUAUGGUUAGAUGAUGUAACUGUUUUACGUAAAUUUAAAACUAUGAUAGAAGGAUAUUCUGAAUGUCCUCCUAUAGCUUUUGUAUUAUGUGGCCAUUUUUUAAGUUUUUCUACAAAUAUAUCAAGCAAACAUAAAUUGAAAAAAGGGCUUAAAAAUCUUGCUGAUAUAAUAAUACAAUAUCCAGAUAUAAAACAAACUUCCAAAUUUAUUUUUGUACCUGCAUCAGAUGAUAUUGGAUCACCAAAAAUUUUACCAAGAUCACCACUUCCAAAACAUCUUACAGAAGAUUUUAGAAAAAAUAUACCUGGUGCAAUCUUUACGACUAAUCCAUGUAGAAUUCAGUAUUGUACAAAAGAAAUUGUGGUGUUAAGAGAAGAUAUAUUAACAAAAAUGUGUAGAAAUGCACUUCACUUUCCAAAUCAAGGCAAUAUCUAUGAUCAUUAUGCUAAAUCAAUCAUCUGUCAAUCUCAUUUGUCUCCUUUGAGUUUGUCAGUAAUACCAAUAUAUUGGAAAUAUAAUCAUUCUUUACAAAUAUAUCCUACUCCAGAUCUUAUUGUGGCUGCAGAUAGAUUUGCAGAAUAUGAAACUAAUUAUUCUAAUUGUCAUGUACAGACUGGGCCCCGGCAUAUCUCAAUUCACUGCGCUGGAAGCAUAAGUCAAUUACUGGCCGUUUAAUCAAACAUCAAUAUAAGGAUUAUAACUUUAUAGAACAACGCGUAAUAUAUGAGAUGCAAUAAUAAAACGUAAUAGUACGAUUCACAAAUAUUACAAUUUCAUAUUAAUAACAAGCUGAAUUGUUAUUAACAAUAGCAGCUAUACAGAAAGGAAACAUAUGUAGUUAAUGUAAUAAGACAAAAUUUUUGUUUAGCAAAUUUUAAGAUAGAAACAUUAAUUUCAUUAUUUAAAUCGAUCUCUUUCUUCAGCAUACAAACUUUCACUCUCAUCCUACACAUACAUUUUAUGCUCUCUCGUCCUUUCUGUACACUAUAUAACUUUAGCAAUCGUAUACGAAUUACGAAUGCUGCAAAAAAUUUUAAUGCUUCAAAUAUUGAAGCUAAGUAUCGUAUUGAUAUAACGAACAAACUUACAAUCGUGGCAAGCUAAUGCUAAACUUUUACAAACGUUCGAUUACAGUAUGAGCAUUAGAGUGUUAGAAAAAACAGAGAUUAAUGAUUAAUAUGUAUAAUAAUGAACUGUAAAGGCUACGCGCAUUUACUCAUCGAAAUAUAUUACAAUGCCA